AGAAAUAGAAAGAAUCAUUUGCGUAUUCCCUUAAAAUAAAGCUAAGCCUCUUUUCAUAUUUGAGGGGCUGCGAAAUUCUUAUAUUAAAGUUCAAAAGAGUUGACAUUUACACUGUAUAUGCGUAUAGUCCCGUGGAUAUUCCCCGAGUUUUAUGCAAACCCCUCCUCCUUUCUAUCUUGAAGAGGCGUGUUCCUCAGUACUACAUUCACCUAUAUAAAGGGUAGUGCGAUUGAUGUGAGACUUUGUGGGGGGUGUGUCACGUAGGUUCUUGUGCUCUUCCAUAUCCCAGAAUAAGACCAAGAUGGCUGUUCUGGGAUCUUCUUCUUGUUCGGUAGCUGUUGUUGGGGCUGUUCUUGUUCUUGUUCUGGUUUUGAAUGGGGCUGAUUUAUGCAGUGGAGGGAAGACCGGCACUUUCGUCCGUAAAGUGGAGAAAACUGUGGACAUGCCUCUGGAUAGCGAUGUUUUCCGAGUGCCUCCUGGCUACAAUGCCCCUCAACAGGUACAUAUGACACAAGGGGAUCAUGUGGGAAAAGGAGUGAUCGUGUCAUGGGUGACUCAGGAUGAACCUGGGUCCAGCGUAGUGCUCUACUGGAGCGAAAACAGCGAGCACAAGAAAACAGCAAAGGGCAAAGUUAAUCGUUACAAGUUCUACAAUUAUACUUCUGGUUACAUCCACCAUUGCACCCUCGACAACUUGAUGUACAACACUAAAUACUAUUAUGAGGUCGGAAUUGGACACACGGUCCGACAGUUCUGGUUCAUUACUCCUCCGGAGGUUGGCCCAGACGUUCCAUACACUUUCGGUCUCAUAGGGGAUCUUGGUCAGACUUUUGAUUCAAACCGAACGCUUGCCCAUUACGAACAUAAUCCGCAGAAAGGACAGACUUUAUUGUUUGUUGGAGACUUGUCAUACGCAGAUGAUUAUCCCGACCAUGACAAUGUGAGGUGGGAUACAUGGGGAAGGUUCGUCGAAAGAAGUGUAGCUUAUCAACCCUGGAUAUGGACAGCAGGAAAUCACGAAAUCGACUUUGCUCCUGAACUCGGCGAGUAUAAACCCUUCAAGCCCUUUUCGCACAGAUACCAUGUCCCAUAUAGAGCAUCAAACAGCUCCUCGCCUUUUUGGUACUCGAUCAAGAGAGCUUCGGCAUACAUCAUAGUCUUAUCAUCAUACUCUGCAUAUGGUACAUAUACUCCCCAGUACAUCUGGCUUGAACAAGAGCUACCAAAAGUUAACAGGACGGAGACACCGUGGCUGAUUGUUAUGAUGCACUGUCCGUGGUACAAUAGCUACAACUAUCACUACAUGGAAGGAGAAACCAUGAGAGUGAUGUAUGAACCGUGGUUCGUGCAAUUCAAAGUAGAUGUGGUGUUUGCAGGGCAUGUCCAUGCCUAUGAACGAUCUGAACGUGUAUCCAACAUUGCAUACAACAUUGUGAACGGCUUGUGCAUCCCUGUUGAUGAUCAAUCAGCUCCAGUGUACAUAACGAUUGGCGAUGGAGGCAAUAUCGAAGGUUUGGCCACCAACAUGACGGAACCCCAGCCAAAAUACUCAGCCUACCGCGAAGCCAGCUUUGGCCAUGCGAUGUUUGAUAUUAAGAACCGAACGCACGCAUAUUUUAGUUGGAACAGAAAUCAAGAUAAAUAUGCUGUGGAAGCCGAUUCAAUGUGGUUCUUCAAUAGAUUCUGGCAUCCAGUUGACGAUUCGACAAGCAUUUAAUGAUUGUCACAAGACAAGACAAGUUUUCUCUUUAAAUUUCCUCAAUAUAUUCACAAGCAAAUGAAAGUUCUGCAAUUAGCUAGGCUCAUUCGAGUUUAUGGUAUUAUGUUUUUCUAACAGAAUUUUUUUUUUUGUGAAUGAACGUUCAUACUGGAAUUUCAGUAGAUGCAUAUUUUUGAUUGCUGAAGUUCCUAAUUAGCAUGUCUGUAAAACUUUUGCUGAUAAAUAAUAAUUUUGAUU